GUUUCUCUUCGGUUGUGUCAGCACCAUCACUAAAAAAAAAUAUAUUGUAAAGAUUCCCUGUGCCAGCCAUGAUAAAAGACAAAGAAGCAUUUCAGAGGCUCAGCUUCCUCUACCAGGCAGCGCACUGCGUCCUUCGGCAGAACCCAGAGAACCAGGAACUGGCUCGCUUUUAUUGCCACACGCAGAACAGCAUCAGCCGACGGCUUGUGUUAAGACAGGAUCCAUCUGUGAAAAGAACCAUCUGCAAAUCUUGCUUCUCCCCUCUCGUCCCUGGAGUCAGCUCCACUGUGCGCCAGAGAAAGCACCGUCAUCAGCGAUGGACCGUUGUGCGUUGUCUCAACUGUGGCCUCACCAAGCGUUUCCUCAGCAACCCUGACUACAAGUUGUGGUCAGAGCAACCUGAGGCAUUGCUGGAGAAGCAAACACCCCCUAGUGAAGGAGCAAAAGCUUCAGGCCAGACCCCCAGCUCAGUGCAACAGGCCUCCCGAGCAGAGAAGGCAACACCACCUGCAAGUUCUGGACCUCACAGCCGUGCCUCUGAGGAGACGACAGCAGGCACCAAAUCUAAAGGGAAGAAGGGGAAAGGAACUCUUCCUGGUCAGGCAGUCAACUGUGGCUUAGUAGCAAAUGCAUAAGCCCCAAGUCGGGGCAGAAGAGUCAAAUGUGGUUAAUACGAUUAUUGGCUGUGGAGAAAGGACCCUGGAUUGUUUGGAAACUAAAACCUAACUGGCUAACCCGUGGGACUUGAAUGGCUCAGGUGAUUUGAGUUCAGUGAUAACAGACCUCUUCUGCUAGCUUUGAGGCACCAGUAAGAGAGUGGCCGCAGCCCAUAGCGGCCUAGUGAAUACCACGGCCGGCAUUUCUUUUCUCCCGCCAUCUCCAUAGUUUGAGGUUCGUUUUCCACCUGGAGGGGUGUCUGCACUUAGGAGCUGUUGGAGACCAGGAGAUUUUGGCGAACUCCUUCCCAUUGGAACUUGAGGUGAAGCGAUGAUGGGGAAAUAGCUUCCUAUCCGAUCUCAUGUACAACGCUCUAUGUA